GAACACGUUUGAGACAAUUUUUAUACCAAUUUUUGAAUUCGAGAAAUUUUUCCGACCAAAAUUAAUUUUACAUGUGUAAAUCACACUCACAAUUACUUGAAUGAUUUAUUUCUAUGUAGUAUACAGUAUAUAGUAUGGUCUUAAGAGGUUGAAAGUUAGUCAAAAAAAUUCACAAUAAAAACACUACUAUAACAGAAGCAAACCAAAGCCUCAUCUUCAACUACCACUCCCUCACUCUCUCUUCCACUCUUUCUCCAAAUCCAUCACCAUGGGUGUAGCCAACAACAUAACAGCAGUUCUUAAUUUCGUAGCCUUUCUAUGCUCAAUUCCCAUAAUAGCUUCCGGUAUCUGGCUUGCCUCCAAACCGGACAACGGGUGCAUCCAUCUCUUCCGCUGGCCGGUAGUCCUUCUCGGAAUCCUCGUCCUCCUGGUCUCGCUCGCCGGCUUCGUCGGCGCCUACUGGUAUAAGGAGACACUCCUUGGUUUCUAUCUCUGCUGCAUGGCCAUUCUCAUCGGACUUCUCUUAAUUCUACUCGUUUUCGCUUUUGUUGUCACGCGCCCGGAUGGCGGGUAUGAUGUUCCCGGGAGAGGUUAUAAAGAAUAUAGGCUUGAAGGAUUUUCCUCUUGGCUGAGAAAUCACGUCGUGAAUUCAAAGAAUUGGGUUAAAAUUAGGAAUUGUUUGGCUGAGAGCGAUGUCUGUGCUAAAUUAAGUCAGAAUUAUAUCACUGCUGAUCAGUUCUUCACCGCCCAUAUCUCUCCUCUUCAGUCAGGGUGUUGUAAGCCCCCAACAGUUUGUGGGUACAAUUAUGUGAAUCCAACACUAUGGUUAAACCCAGCAAACCCAACAGCAGACCCAGACUGUUACUUGUGGAACAAUGACCAAAGCCAGCUCUGCUACAAUUGCAAUUCUUGCAGAGCUGGUUUGUUAGGGAAUCUAAGGAAAGAAUGGAGAAAAGCUAAUAUCAUCCUUAUUGUGGCAGUGGUAGUGCUUAUUUGGGUGUAUCUAAUUGCCUGUAGUGCCUUCAAGAAUGCUCAAACUGAAGAUCUUUUUCGCCGAUACAAACAGGGUUGGGUUUGAUCUUGUUGCCAAGGACAGCACAACUUCGAGUUCUGAUACUGUUGUUGGGUUGGUGUUUUUUGCUUGUCUGUUUUAUCUGAUAUCUCCUGUAUUUUCUGUGGCCUUUGUCAUUAGGUGUAUAUAUUCUUCUUUGUACUUUAUUAUCUACAAUGCAUGGACUGACAGUGAACACUCCUAGAGAAACCACUUGUGAAAUAUGAUACUAGAAUUAGAAUCUCAAUUAUCACCUUUCACGAGAAUUUGAUUCUUAAUUUUUAAUUUUAAUGGCUGUUGUAGCUUCCUGGA